AUGGUAAGGUUUUUUCACCUACCUUCUCGCUUUGCCCAAUAUGACAAUUGGCGCAAUUUCACCGCCCUCGAUCUCCGCCACAUCCAGAGACUCCAGGUCGUCGGCGGCCUCACCAGCUUCAAAGACGCCACACCUGCCGCCACCGCCCCCGUCGCCUGCCGACUCAACCACCCUAGAACUCCCGGCAUCUUCUACGGCGCAAACCCACUCGAUGAUUCCUUCUCCGCUUUGAUUUUGGACAUUUCCUUCGUAAUUCUCCUCAUUCAUAUCAUCCAUUUGCUCCUCCGCCCCUUCCACCAGCCCAAAAUCGUCUCCCAAAUCCUCGGUGGUUUCAUCAUUGGGCCAUCAGUUCUCGGCCACAACAAGAAUUUCCGGCACCAGAUGUUCCCGGAGGACAUCAGUUUUUUGUUAAGCAACAUCGGGUUAAUCGGUUUCAUGUAUUUCCUGUUCAUCUCGGGAGUUAAAACAGAUCUUUCAUUAACAAAAAAAUCGGGCAAAAAGGAGUUUUUCAUUGCAUCAUUCAGCGUAAUUGUUCCAUUAAUCUUGAACAUUACAUUUGCUUUACUCAUCCGUAAAACCAUGAACAAAUCCUUAGCCAAAUUCUCCUCAAUUGGAGCCAUAACAUCUUCCUUAGCCAUCACUGCCUUCCCCGUCGUCCACCCAAUUCUCCACGAGCUUAACCUUCUAAGCUCCGAGGUGGGUCGGAUGUCGAUGUCGGUAUCGAUAAUCAGCGACGCAGUCGGCAUCAACGCGCUGGUCGCGUUCGAGGCCGCCAUACAAGGAGAAGUUGAAUGGAAGAGCUCAAUUUGGUAUUUGAUUUCUUUGUUUGUUUUGGUGGGGUUUAUAGUGGUGUGUGUUAGAAGGGUAAUGCGUUGGGUUGUGAGGCGAACCCCUGAAGGGCAGGCUGUGGAGCAAGGGUUCAUUGUGGCGAUUUUGUUGGCGGUUUUGGUGAUGGGGUUCUUGACGGAUUUGUUUGGGAUAGCGAUUCUUAAUGGUCCGCUUUGGUUGGGUAUGGCUAUACCUGAUGGGCCACCGUUGGGGUCUACGUUGGUUGAGAGGAGUGAGACCAUAAUAUCUGAGCUUUUGUUGCCGUUUUCGUUUGCGUUUGUUGGGCUUUGUACUGAUGUUUUUCAAAUGGUUAAUGCUGGUUGGUCCAACUUGGCGCCACUGUUUUUCUUGGCUUUGGCUGGUCAUUUCUUCAAAUUUGGUUCCACUUUGGUGGCCUCGCUUUUCUUUCAGCUGCCGCUUAGAGAUAGCCUUGCGGUUAGCCUUAUCAUGUGCUUGAGAGGCCAAGUCGAAAUUGUUCUCCUCAUUCAUUGGAUUGACAAAAAGAUAAUAACUAUACCAGAGUUCACCAUGAUGAUACUCAUGACAGUAGCAGUGACAAGCAUAGCAACGCCACUGAUAAGCUUGCUCUACGAUCCCACAAGGCCAUAUAUGAUCAACAAAAGGAGAACCAUCCAGCAUUUACCGCCAGGGAAAGAGCUGCGCGUUGUGUUGUGCAUUGAAGGCCAAGAGAACGUAGCUGCACUGGUGAACUUGCUGGACAUGUCGAACCCGACGACGAGCAGCCCGUUCUCUAUUUACGCGCUGCAUCUUAUUGAGCUGGUGGGUCGAGCUGCCCCUGUCUUCAUUGAUCACAAGAAGUGUAAGAUUCCUUCUAAGUACACUGCCUCUGACUCCAUCCAUAAUGCUCUUCGUAUCUACGAGGAGGCUCGAGGUGAGCUCGUGAAGUUGCAUACUUACACCGCUGUGGCGCCUAAACGAUCCAUGAACCAGGAUAUUUGUGAGCUUGCUUUGAUUAAGAAGACCAAUCUCAUUGUCCUCCCUUUUGGCAGGCCGUCGAGGGGAGAUUCAACUGUGGGGUUGCAUCAAGUGAACAAGAGCGUACUAGAACACGCUCCAUGUUCGGUCGGAAUCCUCGUCGACAAGUGCAAUCUCCACAGCCCAGUGGUCGGACAAUCCUUCUGGAACUCAGCGCAGCAAUUCGCCGUUCUAUUUCUAGGAGGAGCAGACGCACGAGAAGCACUCGCUUACGCCGACAGAAUCCUCGGCAAUGAAGACGUGUGCGUGUCGGUGGUUCGCUUCCUAUCACACAAUUCAAGAGGCGACAACGAGUUCGAGAAGAAGCUAGACGACGGCAUGGUGACAUGGUUCUGGGUUAAGAACGAGACCAACGAGCGAGUGAUUUACAGAGAAGUGGUGGUGAGAAAUGGAGCAGAGACAAUCGCAGCCAUUCAAUCAAUGAACGAUGAUUCUUAUGAUCUUGUGAUCGUGGGAAGAAAACGAGGGGUCAACCCUGUGUUGCUUGAAGGGCUGUCCAAUUGGAGCCAAGACAAUGAAUUGGGUAUCAUUGGAGAUUAUGUGUCCUCCGAGGAUUUUGGAGCCGCCGCUUCUGUGUUGGUCGUGCAGCAGCAAGUUUUGAGAGGCCAAAGCCAUUUUUCUUCUGGGAUUUGUGAGAAGUUUAGGUUUGAUUUUCGAUAG